AUGCCGAUGACAGUGGAAGAGUAUCAAGUGGGCCAACUCUGGUCGGUUGCUGAAGCAUCAAAAGCGGAAACCGGUGGUGGUGAGGGUGUUGAGGUGCUCAAGAAUGAACCAUUCGACAAUUAUCCAUUGUUUGAUGGUCGAUAUACAUGUGGUCAAUUCACACACAAAAUCUAUCACCUACAAACGUAUGUUUUUUUUUUUUUAUCAUUUUAUACGAUAUUACUGUGCGCAUACAUAAAUGUGAAUUUUCGUACUUUGUUUGGUAUUUCACCUGGUUAA